AUGCCAAACAUCGCCGAUCGUUCAUUCGGUUACACCGACCCUAAUUUUCCCAAUCCCAACGGACAAAAUGACACCAGCAUCAUUAUCUAUGGCUACACGCCCUCCAUCGGGCUUGCGGCCUUUGCUGCAGUAUGGUUUUUCGCUCACCUGGUUGGGAAUUUGAUGCAAAAUUUCACGAGCCGCAGCUGGUGGUGGAUGACAUUCACUACAGGCUUAGUCUUUGAGAUCACCGGAUACAUUUACUUCUUCAUCGUCACUUCGCCGGUUUUCCUCGCUGCGGGUGUAUAUACCGUUCUUUCAGCGCUGAUCUCACGACUGGGGGAUCAAUACUGUUUUGUUCAGCCGAAGGUCAUCUUGGGACUCUUCAUUACUUCAGAUGCAGUCUCAACAAUUGUUCAGAUUGGGGGCGCCUGUUUAGUCGGUGUCAAAGCGCCUCGACGAGAAGACCCUACAACAGCGAACCGCAUCCUGCUGGCAGGUCUAGCCUAUCAAGUGUGUGCGAUGAGCUUUUUCGUCAUCUUAAUGGGAAUAUUCCAAUUGCGAGCUCAAUCGGCCAUCAAGGAGCACGGCUAUCGGACUUUCUGCUGUGUCUUCUCCAUUUCGACUAUCAUGGUGUAUUUGAGGACGAUUUUUCGCCUUGCGGAGACAGCCGAAGGUCUAGGUGGAAGGCUGUCAAGCAACGAGGUGUUUUUUGCGUGCCUUGAGUUUGCACCUAUCUCAAUAGUUGUCCUUCUGCUUGAUAUCUAG